AGUACGGGUUUUAGUGGGCAGCGGAACGUCGAGCAGCGCGCACGGCCGGCGAAUGAGGCACUUGCUCAGGAAUCGCAUUCGGCAUCGGGAAACGGGCGGAGAUGGCUAGAUGAAGUCAAGUGCGGUGCGGUUAAAAAUAAACAAGACACGCGAAACAAGCCAAGAAGUUAUUCUGUGCAGAUCAGCCGGAAUCGGAUCGGAAAACUCGGGAAAAUCUGUAAUAUAGCUUGAAGAAGGAAUUUCGUGGCGUGCGUUGAAUAACACUGAUAAAACAAUAUACAGAGCGCGCAAACAUAAAUAAUAUUCCACAUGCAUAGUUCGGAAAUACAUCAGCUGCUAAAAUAAACGGAGCAACCGAACCGAAGCACCAACAACAACAGCCAACCGAUUCGCCGCCCAUGACGUCACGGAUGAGCAUCUGGCAGGAGCACCAAUAGCAUCACCAAUAGCAUCGUAACGAACUGAAAUAAUAAACAGCGAUAGGUAGCCGGAAAUCCUUCCAGUCGUCAUCGAUGCGAGUGUCGGACCAGACCCGAGCAUGUCCAGGCGAACGCCAGUGGAAGACCAAUCGAAACCGGAACCGGAACUAAAACCGAAUCGGAAGCGAGCCGCCAAGACAUGUCCUCGCGACGGAGCUCCUUCCGAAGAAGGGAGAAGCCCGCCUUCGAGCGCUUCAAGGACCACUGCCGCCACUUUACGGCUUUCAUGUUCAGCAACGUGGGCAUCAUCCUACUGGUCACAUUCUACAUAAUCGGAGGAGCCUUCAUAUUCCAGGGCAUCGAGAUAUUCGAGUACGAGCGUCUUAAGUCCGAGAAGCCCCAUCGCUUCAUUGCACGGAACUUUAGCGGGGAGUGCCUGACGCGGAUCUGGGAGCUUACGGCGGAGAACAUAAGCUUCUUCGACCACCAUGCCUACAGGAGGCGGGUUAACGAUGCGCUGCUGGAUUACCAGCGGGCCAUAGUGAAGAAGCAGCUGAAGGGACCCGACGUGGAGCAGUGGAGUUUCUCGGGCGCCGUCCUUUUUUCGCUGACCGUGAUCACGACCAUCGGGUAUGGGAACAUUACACCCCAAUCCGAGUGGGGAAAGCUGGUGACCAUUCUGUACGCAAUCAUUGGCAUGCCGCUGUUCCUGCUCUACCUGUCCAACAUUGGAGAUGUCCUGGCCAAGUCCUUUAAGUGGGUAUACUCCAAGGUGUGCCUGUGUCGAAUAUGUCCAGGCGUGGCCAAGCGUCGUAUUAUCCGUGAGAGACGAAAAAUGCGCCAGUUGGCCAGAGCGCUGCAAAUGCACGACAUGGAGAACGCCCGGGGCAGCAGCAGUUACACAAGCACCAGUAGCACCACCACCUCCAACAGCAGUAGUAGUGACUAUACAAAGAGUUCCCGACAGAGCUCCAGUCUGGUGGAUAUUCCGUACACAGAGUCUGACUCGGACAUCGAGCGGGAAAUUCGAGGUAGCACGGAUGAGAUCACGGUUCCAGUCACUGUCUGCAUAUUCGUUAUGGUCGGUUAUAUUCUUUGGGGGGCCCUGCUCUUCGGACGUUGGGAAGACUGGAACUAUCUGGAUGGCAGCUACUUCUGUCUUAUAUCUCUCAGCAGCAUUGGAUUUGGAGAUCUGGUGCCAGGUGAUCGCGUGAUAACCGCCGAUAAAGAUAAGGUGGAGGUCAGCUUCAUUCUCUGCGCCAUGUAUCUACUUCUUGGCAUGGCCGUGAUUGCCAUGUGCUUCAAUCUGAUGCAGGAGCAGGUCGUCCACAAUAUAAGGGCCAUCAAGCGGGGAUUCAAAGCCUGCUUUCGAUGCCGCAGCUCUUAGGAGGCUAAAUAGCUACCCGGUUACAAAGAUGUCUUGUGGUACAAAGUCAUAUUAUUAUUCACCAUUAAUGUAGUCUCCUCCCCUAGG